UUCGUUUCAUCAGAAAAACCAGAAGAAAGAAAGAAGAGGAAGAAGAGGAAGAAGAACGUAGCUUUCUCUCUCUAACUUUCUCUCUCUCUCUCUCUCUCUCUCUCUAGAGUUUUGGCCUUCGAUUUUCAUCUGCCUUUUGAAUUGGGUAUUUGGAUUCGAAUUCGUAGACCUGGACUGUGUGAAUGUUGAGGAUCUAAUCGAAGCUUUUUCCUCUGAGUUUGUGGAGCUUGGAGAGUGGUGCAGAUACAUCCAAAGAGUUUCCGAAGUGGAAAUCGAUUGCGAUUUCGUUCGGCGCAUUUCGGAGAGAUUUGACCCGUUUUCUCAAGAAAUCUCAACUCGUUGAUUCAUGAGUGUCAGGGAGACAAGUUCUGAGCUCCGAUCAUUUCGUCGACUUUUGGCUCUAGAUUUGCGAUUUGCGUAGUCUCAAGGGCCGAGCAGAACAAGAUUUUCUCAGAAGAAGCAAACUUUCUUCUGCAAAUUCAGGAUUGUAGGUGGUCGCGGAAUCUGAGCAUUACAGAUGGAAAGGGACUGUACCAGCGGUAGAGAUAGAACCGGUGGGGACGCAUCCGCCUCCGUCUCCGCCUCGGUUGAAAUCCGACACCAAACGACGUCGGAUUUCGUCUUGCAGUGGGGGAACCGCAAGCGCCUCCGGUGUAUGAAGAUCCAGGUGAAGGAGAAGGACGACUCCAGCGGCCCUCCGGUUACUCGAACCACGGUCCGCAUCAGUCGCCGGGUUGUUCGACCCGAUAAGGACCCGGCGAAUCACCUUUCCACCACCGUUAAUCAGACGAGUAACGGCUAUUUGAAUAUCCGUCAACGGCCGUUAUCUCCCCAGCAACCGCUACCUCAGCGUAUUCUCAGAAACUCAGAGACUACGAGCGCGGCUGCCAUGAGAGGCCAGAGCAACGGCGGAGUAGGAGGGCUGAGGGGAAUUGCCUCGCCCGACAGGGGUGCGCACGAUAAGAAAAACCACCACCACCACCAUAAUGAUGAGACUAAUCAUCACAAUAACAAGUCCGCGGCGUCUUCGGACACAGCGCACGAUAGCAAGAAGGGCGGGUCUUCAUCGGGGAGCGGAGAGGCGGCGGCGGGGCCACAGAUGGUGUGGCCGCCGAAGUUCGUGAUUGCUUUGACCAAUAAGGAGAAAGAAGAGGACUUUAUGGCAAUCAAAGGGUCGAAAUUGCCUCAGAGACCAAAGAAGCGAGCCAAGUUCGUUCAACGCACCCUCAAUCUUGUAAGCCCGGGAGCUUGGCUAUGUGAUUUGACGCUGGAACGGUAUGAGGUCCGUGAGAAGAAGAUUUCGAAAAAGAGACCAAGAGGGUUAAAGGCAAUGGGCAAUGUGGUGGAGUCGGACUCUGAAUAAAACGAGCUUUAGUAAAAAAAGAGCUUCUAGCCAUCUACUAAUGUAGAGUUAUAGGGUUUGUGUUAGUUUUUUUUUUUCUUUCUUUUCUUCUUUUUUUGCCUUCCUUUUGAAGGUAUGAGAAAAUGUUAGAAAUUUGUAAAUCUUCCACCUUUCAACCAUCGGAAAUAAUGAACGGAUUUUAUUUCCGUUUGUGUA